AUGCCUUCAAAGCCACCCACACCAAAGAAAUCUCCGAAUCUUGUAAAUCAAUUCUCUGUUCUACCUCUUGAUGAUCUCUCUCCAAGACAAUCUCCAAAUCUUUCUUCAUCAUCGGAAGACAGUCUAGUUUCGAUAAAUCCAAAGGAUUCACUAGAAAAACAAUUGAUUUCAUUUCAACUAGUUUUGAAAUUACCAAAAAAUCUCUUACAGGAACAAUGGAACUUUAUGAGUGAUUCGUUUAAGAAAGUAUUAACACAACAAUUAUCACACAUUGGGCAAGUGAAAAAAGAAAAUUUGGAGUAUUAUCAUGGUUUGUUGAGGAUGAUCAAAUAUUUGGCAAUGGGAGAAAAAGUAGCUGCUAAAUUGGGAAAUGACACUGAUGUGAUACCUUUAAUAUUGUAUUUGGCUUUUGAUGCUAAUACAGUGAAUGAUAAAUUUAUAGAUGAGGAAAUUGUGAGAUUAGCAUGUACUGCCAUUGAUGCAUUGACUGAAAAUGUGGAUGGAAAUAGAAUCAUUGUUAGGGAGAGUCGAGGGUUAAAGAACUUUUUAGACUUGGUUCGAGUCAGUACACCCAACAAUAACAUUUGCUAUCAUGUGAGCAAUGAAUGUAAACGAAAUGCACUUUUGGUUUUGGAGAAAUUCUGUUUAAAUGACUCUAACAAAUCGCUUUUUCCUAUCAUUAAUGGAACUCAAAUUGUGAUUGAGCAAAUGAAUCAUGCCUUCAACACCAUCAUGAGUACCUCCAAAAAACAAAUCGACAACACCUUGUAUGGUGUUAUUGAGGCCUGUAUUCGUGUGUUGAAUGCUCUGAGUUUGAAUCAUGCCAAGAAUGAAGAAGACAUUGCCAUGAAAGUUCCAAUUGCUCCAAUUAUUUUGACCAUUUUGAAUUCUCUUAAUGUUUCCUUGAAAUCAAAAGAAGAAAAAGGUCCAAUGGCAUACUCUGAUGGAUAUCAAACGUUACGAGUUCAAGAUACAGACUUUACAGAAUUGUUGUCACAAAUUCUUUCGUUAUUAUUAAUUGUUUCUAAAAGAGAGCAACGAAAGAACGAAUUGCUUAAUGUCAAUGCAUCACUGAAAGAGGAAAAUCAUUUUAUUGAGUUUUUGCUGUCACUGGUAUGCUAUCUUUUUUCAUCAGCAUCUAGUGGAACCAAUCAUACCAGACGCUCUUUCAGCAAUGCUUUGUAUAUACUCGCAAAUUUAAGUUCAUUGGAAAAAGUUAGAAAAGAGCUCAUUGCACAAAAAGAUGGAAAAAGUCACAGCACAAAAUAUUUCAAUUAUUAUUUGGAUAAAAAGUCGUUGAAUGGAGCUCAGGUCAUUCUCAGACAAUUUUCUCAUUUUGGAACUUUAAAAACUACUCAACCUAUUGAAGAAUCUGAAGAGAGAAGUUUUGCCGAGAAUGUUCUCAAUUUACUCACCAAGAUGGGAGAAUUCAACUUUAAGGAUCUUUUCAUGUUUGUUGGAAUGAAAGUCACUGAAGUACUCACGCAUCUCUCUACCAUUAUUUCACACACCAAUGAUGUUUUGAUCCUUCAACAUACUCUCAAUCUCAUUCGAAUGUACAUGUCAAAAGAAGUAAGAUACGUGGUGGGUGAAAAAAUUACAGAAGACCACUCAAAAUUAGCGUCUGGAUGUAUUGUAUCCAUUCUUGGAAAACAGUACACGAACACCAGUAGUGUGUCCUUUACAUCCACUCUUUAUUUGAACUCCUCUUAUCAUUCGGAUGUUGAAGUUGCGAAACUGCAAUUCCUGUGCCUUACUACUUUCAAUUCUUUGGAUAUGCAAGAUCCUUCUAUUUGGAAAUUAUUGAUUGAAAAAGCUCAAAAAACAAUUCCUGUUCAUCGACUUUGCGAUUGGAUUCUUCAAACAGAUGUCACUGAAGAAACUCAAAGAAUUUUGUUGGCCAUUCUCGAAGUUUUGAAUCAAAUGGUUCAGUGCGAACAAGUUGAUGUAAGAGAAAUUUCCAUGUUGGGCAUCACUUCAAAACUCAUCAAAAUGUUGGAACAUGAAACCUUUCAAGAUAUUGUUAUAUACCUUAUUUACAAUUUGUGUUUUGACUCGUUCUUUAAACAAAUGUUUGUCAAUGGUGGUGGUGUCAAACACUUAUUCAAGCUCAUCAAAACAAAAGACGAUUUAUUCUUAAAUGAUAUAUUGAAAAUUUUCACAACACUAUCGAGAAAGGACCGAUUCACAAAACAUGUUAUUGCAGAAUCUGGAUGUUUAGAUUAUAUUGUGAGUCGACUUCUCAACGACAAGAACCUCUCAGCCAAAAAUGUCAAGAAUGGCAUUGCUUUAAUUCAAAGCUUGGCUGAAGUUCCUCAAUUAGCCACAUUUAUUGCAUCGUUUGAUUUGAUACCAGUCCUAGUGAAUAUUUUAACAACAUCAGAUUCUUGUGCAAUUUUAGAACAAGCUACAAAGAUCAUAUUGGCAAUCGUGACAGUUCCGACCUAUGAGCAAGGUCGAAAACGAGUAGUGGAGCUGAGUAAGGAACUCAUCAAUUUGCUGCACUGUGAACUUUCAGAAGUUCAAGAAAAUUGUAUUAAUAUUUUCUCAAAUGUAUCUUUAGCACAUCCUCACUAUCAAACCGUGUUGAGAAAUAAUGGUCUAGUGACUGAGCUGCAAUCACUGGUAGAGGGAGAUGAUCAAUAUCUCAGCCUAGUCGCCCAACUCGCUCUCAACACUUUUUCAGUUGAAAAACAAACAUCUCAAAACAACAAGGACGAAAACAUCAAGAAUCAAUUAUUAUCCGUUUCAAAAUCAGAAAGUGACUUUAAAGCUAAAAAAGAUUACAUUGAGAAACAAUAUGUGAAAAAAUAUGAAAAUGAAAUCAAGACAGAAUCUAUCAUGUGGAAUAGUUUGACACACAUGAGCAAAGAUGCCUAUGAAAAAUUGACCAUUGAAAUGGAUUGGAAUUUCUUUGAUAGUUUGAAAUCGGACGCAGAAAAGCGAAGAGCGUUCCACUUGCUCAAAGACAAUUCUUGGAGAAAUUUGAGAGAAUCCAUUUCACUUUUCUGCAAUCAAUCACCUAUUCACAACAGAACCUUCCUAACUUGUAUCAAUGUCGUGGUAGUGGCAUUUGACACCUCGUCUUAUCUUGCUUUUAAAGCUGCAUUAGGAAAAUUUGAUGCUGAUUUUUCAGAAAUUCCCAUGUCUGCACGUAACAAUCGAAAAACAUGUGCAACCAUGAAAAAUAUGAACAAGAUUGAAAAUAUUAUUGAACUCUAUCAGAAAAAGUAUCACAAUCUCGGAGUAUUACUCUACAAUAUUGGUUAUGAUGACAUGAAUACUAUGAGCCAGGAAGAUUUUGUGAAUAGUCUCAAUCGCUUACUCGAAGACAGCAUUAAGAAAGUGCGAGAAGUGACACCCAAGCCCCUAUUACUCUCCAUGGAAAACGACAGUUCUAAAAUUCGAUCUUUGGAUUUGAAACGAUCUCUAGUACGAACGAAUAUUUCAACACUCUUCCCAUCCACAGCACCAUUCAACACAAAUUCUUCAACAACAACAACCAAAACAACAACAUUGGCAUCCAUCAGUAAUACUAGUACUGUAGCUACUAACACUUCUCAUAGCAGUGAUGCAUCAUUGAAUGAUCUUGGAUUGUAUCCAGUGACAUUUAGUAAGGAAGAAUUGCAACUCUCUAAGAAUCCAAUGCUUUCACUCAAAGAAAAUGCUCUUCAGGCAUAUAAGGGACAAAUCUACUUGCAAGGAGUUAUUUCACUCUUGAAAACAAAAUAUUUCACACAAUAUACCCAUGAAGAUGAGGAAGCAUUUGAGACAUGUUUUGAAAAAGUGAAAACCAUUCAAGAGAGUCUCAUUAAAGGAUGGAAGGUGAUCAAGUACAAUAAGAGAGGACUCAAACAAGAACGUUUCAUUCUCCUCACAGAUAAGAAUUAUUAUACCGCGAAGUUUGACUACUCCAAGAAACAAGUAGAUGUCAAACAUACCAAAGCGCAUCAUCUCUCGAGUCUUCAUCUCAUUGACAUUGGAUGCUUUGACAAAUCCACUGCACCAUGUCUCGCCAUUUACACCUCAGAGGCCUCCACCACCACCAGUAAGAAGAAAUCCUCUUCCAACUCGAAACUCACCAAAAAGAGUUCCCUCCUCAAAUCAGGUUCUGAGGUGCAUUUCGAUGAAGUGCAUACAGCAGUGAACAGUGAUUCUCAUGCCAUGAUGAUGCCAAGACCCUCGACAGCCGAUUGUUAUUGCAACAUCUUUUGUGGUCUGGAUGGAACGAGUUCCUCAUUCUCCACCACGACACCUGCUGGCUCUGCAACGAGUAUGUCUUCUUCAUCGGAUCUGGACAAUGCGAGUGGUCCAACAACUGCAACUACCACCAAUAGCCCAACUGCUCCUUCCAACGAUGAAACCAACAAGUUUAUCUUGGAAGAAAUUGCAUGGUCUAUCUAUGCGGCUGCAUGUUGUCUCAAAGCUCAGAAACUUCCACAACCCUAUUUCGGGUUGAAAAUUGAAAAACCAAAGCAAGGACUUACCAGCUUUAUUUAUAACAAGUUGAAGAUUGGUAAUUUGAAAUAA